AACAAUGGGAUAGAUAUAAUGAAUUAAACAUCUCACCAGAACAAUGGGACAGAUAUUACGAAUUAAAUAUCCCGCCAGAACAAUGGGAUAGAUAUUAUGAAUUAAACAUCCCAUCAGAACAGUGGGAUAGAUAUAAUGAAUUAAACAUCUCACCAGAACAACGGGAUAGAUAUUACGAAUUAAACAUCUCACCAGCACAAUGGGGUAGAUAUUAUGAAUUAAACAUCCCACCAGAACAAUGGGGUAGAUAUUACGAAUUAAACAUCUCACCAGCACAAUGGGGUAGAUAUUAUGAAUUAAACAACCCAUCAGAACAAUGGGAUAGAUAUUAUAAAUUAAACAACCCACCAGAACAAUGGGAUAGAUAUUAUGAAUUAGACAUCCCACCAGAACAAUGGGAUAGAUAUUAUAAAUUAAACAUCCCACCAGAACAGUGGGAUAGAUAUAAUGAAUUAAACAUCUCACCAGAACAACGGGAUAGAUAUUACGAAUUAAACAUCCCGCCAGAACAAUGGGAUAGAUAUUAUGAAUUUAACAUCCCACCAGAACAAUGGGAUAGAUAUUAUGAAUUAAACAUCCCACCAAAACAAUGGGAUAGAUAUUAUGAAUUAAACAUCCCACCAGAACAUUCCCUCGAUAAAACACUAACAAAUUUCUGGAAAGACAUUCGAAACCAAAUAAAGACGGAUAUUAAGGCAGAGCUGACAGCUGAGUUGGAUAUUCUUAAACAAGAACUUACAGUUGAAAAGAAUAAAGUUAAAGCAUUGGUAUCAGAGAGAGACAAACUUAAAGAUGAAAUGCUAAACUUUGCCAAAAGACAAGACAACUUGGACAACGAAGUAAGAGCCGCAGUAAUAUUGGGGAAUAGAAAUGAGCAGUAUUCUAGGAAACGAAACAUCAAACUACUGGGUAUGAAAGAAAACGAAAACGAAAAUCUAAGAAACGAUUUUAGAAUGUGCCAGUAUGAAUAUACCUGA